AUUGCGAAAGUGGAGAAGUUGAAGCCUCUGGAAGUAGAAUUGAGGCGCCUGGAAGAUCUGUCAGAGUCCAUCGUUAAUGACUUUGCCUAUAUGAAGAAACGAGAAGAGGAGAUGAGGGACACGAAUGAGUCGACAAACACCCGGGUUUUGUACUUCAGCAUUUUCUCCAUGUGCUGCCUCAUCGGACUGGCCACCUGGCAGGUUUUCUACCUACGUCGCUUCUUCAAGGCCAAGAAACUGAUUGAGUAAAGGAGCAAGUCCUCCUUCCCCUCCUCUGAGACCCAGCUGGACACCGCUGGGACCCAGGAUGGCCCCUGGAGCCAUCUCACAGAUGAUACCCACUGACUGGAGCUUCUCUGCAAAUACUUGGACCCUAAAGGGGGAGGGGAGCCUAAACAUUGGAGGCGACGGAGGACUUGUGAAAUCCUGUUGGAUGUUGAGGGUGGGGGAGGUUGUGAUGGGAUUGGGGAUUCCUGGGGUAGCGAUUAAAUAAAACAAGAUGUUUCCACGACAGCUGCAGCAAGUUUUUGCGCUGUCUGUUCUCCUUUUAUAAUCUCGGCUUGAUGAUGUCUCCCAUCUGUCUGUGACUGUAGUGUUACUCUGAGCCACUUGACCCUGCUGAGCUCUUUAGGUGCCGUGCAGCCAGCACUGGGGCAGAGCCGGGGACUCCCUGUUCGAACCAGCUGGGAUCUAAGCCUCGUACAACUGGAGGUGAGUGCAAAGCAAUAGGAUUCAUCGUUCCAGCAGGGCCUGAGGAUAGAGGGAGGUCCAAGGUUUGGUCCCUGUCGUGGACCUCUGUGUUUCUCCCUGUGGGAGCUGGUGUCUUUGUGCUGCCAGGUCAGGGCACUUGAGCAUACGGUGGCUCAGCCUGGAAGAAGGGGAGCCUUGGAAGGAGGGCUUGGGAACAUGUUUGAGCUUGGAAGGGAGGAGCCUGCUUUGCUCAAAUAAGCUGUCCAGCCUUGGUCCCGCCCUUGCUCCACGUGUUUGUCUUGGAUUUGCCUCUCUUGUUAUGAAAUGAUGCAGCAGUUUUCCUGAAAGCCUUGGUCAGGGAUGGCCUUUUGUGCAAACAGGAGGCUUCAGUCAGAUACAGUCACAGAGCAAAUAGGAGCAGAUUAUGCUUGGAAACUUGGUCUUACAUUGAGCAGGAGACUUUUCUCA